AUUACCAUGUAAAAUGCUGACAAAAAUAGUAUACAUAUUUGUAUGACAUCGUCCCCUGCUCUCUUCUAUAAAACAGGGGAGCCUUUGAUUUGGAAAGAAACCUUGGUAUCUCUUUUAUAUUUAGGUUAGUCUAUCUUCCAAAUCUCAUACUAUACUAGAAACGUCACCAACAAUGAAGAAACUUUCUAUCCUCUUUCUGUUUCUUCUUCCUCUCUUAGCCUCAUGCGAGGAGAAGCAGGUCUACAUAGUGUACUUUGGAGAGCAUAAAGGAGACAAAGCAUUGCAUGAAAUAGAAGAAUUUCAUCAGUCAUAUUUGUAUGGAGUGAAACAAACUGAAGAAGAAGCUACAGCCUCUCUUCUUUACAGCUAUAAGCACAGCAUCAAUGGCUUCGCAGCAUUGCUAAACCCAGAUGAAGCGUCCAAGCUAUCAGAGUUGAAAGAGGUGGUGUCAGUCUUUAAAAGCAACCCAAGAAAGUACUCGGUGCAAACAACAAGAUCAUGGAGAUUUGCAGGCUUGGAAGAAGAGGGACAUAACGUAAAUCAUGGCUUCGGCGGGGGCAGAGACCUACUAAAGAGAGCAGGAUAUGGAAAACAAGUCAUAGUUGGGCUCUUAGAUAGUGGUGUGUGGCCAGAAUCACUAAGCUUCAGGGAUGAAGGGAUGGGACCCAUCCCAAAAUCAUGGAAGGGAAUCUGCCAAAAUGGACCUGAUUUUAACUCAUCCCACUGUAACAAGAAAAUUAUUGGAGCUCGAUACUACAUCAAGGGUUUUGAAAACUACUAUGGACCACUGAAUAGGACAGAGGACUCCAGGUCACCACGAGACAAGGACGGCCAUGGGACUCAUACAGCAUCCACCGCUGUUGGAAGCCGGGUCAAAAAUGCAGCAGCUUUGGGCGGCUUCGCUCGUGGAACUGCCACGGGUGGGGCUCCGUUAGCUCACCUGGCAAUAUACAAGGUUUGUUGGGCGAUCCCGAACCAAGAAAAGGCUGAUGGCAACACAUGUUUCGAGGAAGAUAUGCUUGCAGCUAUUGAUGAUGCCAUUGGUGAUGGAGUCCAUAUUAUGAGCAUCUCCAUUGGCACCCGAGAACCCACUCCUCUCAAAGAAGAUGGUAUUGCUAUUGGUGCAUUCCAUGCUUUGAAAAAAAACAUUGUGGUGGCGUGUGCUGCAGGGAAUGAAGGCCCUGCCCCAUCUACAUUGUCAAAUCCAAGUCCUUGGAUUAUCACAGUAGGUGCUAGCGGCGUGGACCGUGCAUUUUUUGGACCCCUUGUGCUAGGAAAUGGGAUGAAAAUUGAGGGACAAACUGUUACUCCUUACAAGCUGGACAAAGAUUGCCCAUUAGUGUUUGCAGCAGACGCAGUUGCCUCCAAUGUCCCCGAGAAUGUAACAAGCCAAUGCCUUCCCAAUUCUCUUUCACCUAGAAAGGUCAAAGGAAAAAUAGUACUGUGCAUGAGAGGGUCUGGAAUGAGAGUUGCCAAAGGAAUGGAGGUGAAAAGGGCUGGAGGUUUUGGUUUCAUCUUAGGAAAUAGCCAAGCAAAUGGGAAUGAUGUAAUUGUGGAUGCGCAUGUUCUUCCAGCAACUUCAGUAGGCUACAAUGAUGCCAUGAAAAUUCUCAACUACAUCCGCUCCACCAAGAAUCCAAUGGCUAGAAUUGGGAUAGCAAGGACAAUUUUACAGUAUAGACCAGCACCAGUCAUGGCUUCAUUUACCAGUAGAGGUCCAAAUGUGAUUCAUCCUUCCAUUCUCAAGCCGGACAUAACAGCUCCGGGAGUAAACAUAUUGGCCGCAUGGAGUGGAGCAACAGCCCCAUCAAAGUUGUAUGAAGACAAGCGAUUGGUUAGGUAUAACAUUAUUUCUGGAACUUCUAUGGCUUGUCCUCAUGUAGCUGCUGCUGCAGCACUUCUCAGAGCAAUACACCCUGAAUGGAGCAGUGCUGCUAUAAGAUCUGCCCUCAUGACCACCGCCUGGAUGAAGAACAACAUGGGUCAGCCCAUAGCCGAUCAAUCUGGCAAUGCCGCGACUCCAUUCCAAUUUGGUUCAGGGCACUUCCGUCCAGCAAAGGCAGCAGAUCCUGGUCUAGUAUAUGAUGCAUCUUAUACGGAUUACCUGCUCUAUCUUUGCAGCUAUGGAGUCAAAAACGUUUACCCCAAAUUCAAGUGCCCAGCAGUAUCACCGUCAAUAUACAACUUCAACUAUCCAUCAGUGUCACUUCCUAAGCUCAAUGGCACUCUAAACAUUACAAGGACUGUCACAAACGUUGGUGCUAGCAGUAGUGUCUACUUCUUUAGUGCCAGGCCACCUUUGGGAUUCGCUGUUAAAGCGUCGCCGAGUGUUUUGUUUUUUAAUCAUGUAGGGCAGAAGAAAAGCUUCAUCAUAACAAUAAAAGCUAGGGAAGAUUCCAUGUCAAAUGGCCACAACAAGGGUGAGUAUGCCUUUGGCUGGUACACUUGGUCUAAUGGUCACCAUUAUGUAAGAAGCCCUAUGGCAGUAUCUUUAGCAUAGGGCACUGCAUGUCUCCUCCCUCGUUUCUAUUUUUCUUCAGUUCUUUCUUAA